CGGGGAGGAGAGGCGGCGGCGGCGGCGGCGGUGGCGUCCCAGCUACGCCACACCGGGCCGGGGCGCUGGGAGCCGGGGCGCAGAGCGGGGUCGUGGCGCCGGUGGUGAGAAGAGCGAGGAGGAGGAGGAGGAGGGGGAGCCAUGGCGGGGCAGCAGUUCCAGUACGAUGACAGUGGGAACACCUUCUUCUACUUCCUUACCUCCUUCGUGGGGCUCAUCGUGAUCCCAGCCACAUACUACCUCUGGCCCCGAGACCAGAAUGCCGAGCAAAUUCGAUUAAAGAAUAUCAGAAAAGUAUAUGGAAGAUGUAUGUGGUAUCGUUUACGGUUGUUAAAACCCCAGCCAAAUGUUAUUCCUACAGUAAAGAAAAUAGUUCUACUUGCAGGAUGGGCAUUGUUCUUAUUCCUUACAUACAAAGUGUCCAAAACAGACCGAGAAUAUCAAGAAUACAAUCCUUAUGAAGUAUUAAAUUUGGAUCCUGGAGCAACAGUUGCAGAAAUAAAGAAACAGUAUCGUUUGCUAUCACUUAAGUAUCAUCCAGAUAAAGGAGGUGAUGAAGUUAUGUUCAUGAGAAUAGCAAAAGCUUAUGCAGCUUUAACAGAUGAAGAGUCCCGGAAAAAUUGGGAAGAAUUUGGAAAUCCAGAUGGACCUCAAGCCACAAGCUUUGGAAUUGCCCUACCAGCUUGGAUAGUUGACCAGAAAAAUUCAAUUUUGGUUUUACUUGUGUAUGGAUUGGCAUUUAUGGUUAUCCUUCCAGUUGUUGUGGGUUCUUGGUGGUAUCGCUCAAUACGCUAUAGUGGAGAUCAAAUUCUAAUACGCACAACGCAGAUUUAUACAUACUUUGUUUAUAAAACUCGAAAUAUGGAUAUGAAGCGUCUCAUCAUGGUUUUGGCUGGAGCUUCUGAAUUUGAUCCCCAGUAUAACAAAGAUGCCACAAGCAGACCAACAGAUAAUAUUCUGAUACCACAGCUGAUCAGAGAGAUUGGCAGCAUUAAUUUAAAGAAGAAUGAGCCUCCACUUACCUGCCCAUAUAGCCUGAAGGCCAGAGUUCUUUUACUGUCUCAUCUUGCUAGAAUGAAAAUUCCUGAGACCCUUGAAGAAGAUCAGCAAUUUAUGCUGAAAAAAUGCCCUGCUUUGCUUCAAGAAAUGGUUAAUGUAAUCUGCCAACUAAUAAUAAUGGCCCGAAGCCGUGAAGAAAGGGAGUUUCGUGCUCCAACUUUGGCAUCCCUAGAAAACUGCAUGAAGCUUUCCCAGAUGGCUGUUCAAGGCCUUCAACAAUUUAAAUCUCCUCUUCUGCAGCUCCCCCACAUUGAAGAGGAUAAUCUUAGAAGAGUUUCUAAUCAUAAAAAGUACAAAAUUAAAACUAUACAGGAUUUGGUGAGUUUAAAAGAAUCAGAUCGUCACAGUCUACUACACUUUCUUGAAGAUGAAAAGUAUGAAGAGGUUAUGGCUGUCCUUGGGAGUUUUCCCUAUGUGACUAUGGAUAUAAAAUCACAGGUAUUGGAUGAUGAAGAUAGCAACAACAUCACAGUAGGAUCCCUAGUUACAGUGUUGGUUAAAUUGACAAGACAAACAAUGGCAGAAGUAUUUGAAAAGGAGCAGUCCAUCUGUGCUGCAGAGGAACAGCCUGCAGAAGAUGGGCAGGGUGAUACUAACAAGAAUAAGACAAAAGGAGGAUGGCAGCAAAAGACUAAAGGACCCAAGAAAAUGACUAAAUCAAAAAAAAAGAAAACUUUAAAAAAAAAAACUACACCUGUUCCAUUAUCACAGACAAAACAACAGAAACAAAAACAGGCAAAUGGAGUCAUUGGGAGUGAAGCUGGCAUGAAGGAAGAUGAAGAAGAAGUUUCUGACAAAGGCAGUGAUUCCGAAGAAGAAGAAACCAAUAGAGAUUCCCAGAGUGAGAAAGAUGAUGGUAGUGACAGAGAAUCUGAUAGAGAGCAAGAUGAAAAACAAAACAAAGAUGAUGAAGCAGAGUGGCAAGAAUUACAACAGAGUAUACAACGAAAGGAAAGAGCUCUACUGGAAACCAAAUCAAAGAUAACACAUCCUGUGUAUAGUCUUUACUUUCCUGAGGAAAAACAAGAAUGGUGGUGGCUUUAUAUUGCAGAUAGGAAGGAGCAGACAUUAAUAUCUAUGCCAUAUCACGUGUGUACUCUAAAAGAUACAGAAGAGGUAGAAUUGAAGUUUCCUGCACCAGGAAAACCUGGGAAUUAUCAGUACACAGUGUUUCUGAGGUCAGACUCCUAUAUGGGUUUGGAUCAAAUUAAACCAUUGAAGUUGGAAGUUCAUGAGGCUAAGCCUGUGCCAGAAAAUCACCCUCAGUGGGAUACAGCAAUAGAGGGGGAUGAAGACCAGGAGGACAGCGAGGGCUUUGAAGAUAGCUUUGAGGAAGAAGAAGAGGAAGAGGAAGAUGAUGACUAAUCAGUACUAUCAGUGGACCACAGUGUUUGCACAUAUUUGCAAACUUUUGCUGUUUUGGAAGUGUAUAAUAAACCAGAAACAGUGCAGAACCGAUAUUGAAGGAAGUGUUAGUUUCUUUACUAGAAAUGGGUGCAUAAAAUAACUAGGCAAUUGGCGGUGCCUUGGUACAAUCUGAAAAAAACAUUUAGGAUGUUUAGGGCUUAUUAAAGUCUUUCAAGUAUGGGAUGGUGCAUUUAUUUCAUCUGCAAAUUAUAAUAAAUCCUUUGUUAUAACUGUCCAAAGUGUGGGCUAUGUAUUAUCUGAUCAAUUUAUGGUCCCAGUAAAAGUGAAGGUACAUGAAAAUUUAUAAAUGAGCAACUUUUCUUUGUUCAGCUUUAGUUUUUAGUAAACAUUAAAAUAUUGUAAACAUCACAAAUGUUUUAAGUAACAUCUGCUCAAAUUUUAAAUGCCUUGAUAAACUAUGUUACUCAUGUAUUGCUAUUUUGCAGGUGAUGAGACUCUAACAGCUCCAUACAUGGAUUUAAGCCUUUUAUUUUCACCUAUCUUGGUCAUAAGUUGACAUUCUCUCACAUUCCACAUAAUAUAGAGGGCUACAUUUUGGGAUUUUGCUUUCUUAAUUGCCCAGAGUUAUUUGAGAGAUUAUAAAGAUGACUUUUAAUGGCUUAAAACAUUUUUAAGCCUCUUAUCUUAGCAGAUCAGUGCAGGAUCUAAUUCUUUUGAUAAGCUAGCUAUAGGUCUAAAAGUAAUUGUGGGACCAUAUGUUCUCUGAUGUUGGUGGUUUAUGUUAUUAGACCUUUUUUAAAAGGUUCACUAUAAAAGCUGAACUACAUUCUUAGCUUUUAAUCUACCUAUCAGAAACCUUUUAAGGAAAAUAAAUAUAACAUGCAAAGGAGGUAUCUUUUUGUAUUCAUUUUGGACUCCUGUUAAUAAAAUAGAAGUUUGACUCAU